AGCGACACCACCGGGAAAUUGGGGUUUGAGGAGUUCAAGUACCUGUGGAACAACAUCAAGAAGUGGCAGUUUGAGGGGAAUUGUCCGAUUUUGGGGGGGUUUGAAGGCAUUUUUGGGGGGUCAAAGGUCACCUGCGCCCCCCCCCCAGGGUUCCGGCUGCCCCCCCCGCUGUGGGCGGUUUUGGGGCGUCGCUAUGGAGACGAGGGGGGGAACCUCGACUUUGACAACUUCAUCAGCUGCCUCGUGCGCCUGGACGCCAUGUUCCGUACGGGAGCCGAAAUUGGGGGGGGGACCCCGAAA